AUGGGAAAUAUGGAGGAUAAUGAUAAAACAAGUAAUAUAGAUUCUCAACUUGCAGGAAGAGUACUAAAGAAUAGAGUAUUGCUCUAUGCGAUCGUUUUUCGUUUACCUUUAUUUGUAAUGACAAAAAGGAACUGUGUGAUCAAUGCAUACCCAUCAACUUAUUUUGAUAAUCUAAAGUGGAUUAAAAAUGAAGAGGAAGAAGAUGAUGAAGAGGAAGAGCAGAGAGCAGUGGAGAAUGGCGUAGAUAAAAAAGAGAAAGAGAAAGAGAAAGAGAAACAAGAAAAACAAGAAAAAGAAGACGAUGUCAAUCUAUACAGAGAGUUAAGAUUGGUAAAGGAUAUACAUUUUAUUUCGCCUAUCAACAGUUUUUGUUGGAGUAGGAAAAAGGUUCGGUAUAUCUCUGGUGGUUUCAUUGUUCGAUUCGAUUUCAAAAUGGGAAAGCAUCCACUGAAGUAUAAUGAUGGUCCACCGGCAGAUGGAUUUGCAUUCGUCAUACACAAUGACCCAAGAGGUACCGAUACCGUUAGCAGGUUGUACUAUGGUGGCAGCGGACUUGGUUACAGUGGCAUUACAGCAUCGAUAGCUGUAGAGUUUGACGACUUCAAGUACAACGACGAUCCAAACGACAAUCAUAUUGCAAUACAUACCAACGGUACCGAUCUGAACAAUUCCGAACAAAAGUAUGCAUUGACCUAUGCUUCACCCUCGUUCAAGCUGUGUGACUUCAAGUAUCACCAAGUCGAGAUUAUCUAUGAACCAAUAGGGCAGCAAUUAACAGUAAUAGUAGAUCAUGAUGAAGUUAUUAAUCAUAAUAUCGACAUCAAUGAUACCAUUGGCAUUGGUGAAGAUGAUUCAGCUUUUGUUGGAUUCACAUCGGCUUGUGGGGAAUUUACACAAAACGUUUUCAUAAAGAAUUGUUCAAUAUAUAGAUACUAA